CACCCAUCAUGGCGCCAGCAUCUCUCCUCGACUUGAUCGAGUCCCUCCCGUCCUCGGACGUAUGGGGUCCACCGACCACCACUGACACGACCCUGAACGGCGUGCCAUAUGCGCCGUUCAGCAAAGGCGACAAACUUGGGCGCAUGGCAGACUGGACGAGCGAAGGCAAAGAACGUGAAGGACGCGGCGGGCGACAACAGUACAACCAGAGAUACCGCGAUCAGAUCUACGGAGCGGGUCCAGGGGGCCUCCAAACAGUCUUCAACAUCGAGGGCACAAAUGAGGAGAGCUCGUUCUCGCUGGUGGAUCGCUCUCAGACUUCGGCACGAUCACGAGGAUUUGGUGGACGAGGAGGCACAUUCACGCGCGGUCGUGGACAACGAGGCGGACAGAACCAGCGUGGUGGACGGGGUACAUUCCAGCGUGUGGGAGGUGGACGGGGAGGACAGCAGGGCUUCAACGACCGUGGUGGACGAGGUGGACGGAGAGGAGGUCGCUUUGGCUGGAAGGACUGGGACAAGCCGCAGCGCAACCGGGAGGCUUCGGUGCAGCCAAAGGACUCGUGGCAUAUGCUCGAGGAGAUCGACUUCAACCGUCUGUCGAAGCUCAACUUGGAUACCGGCGAAGGCGAGGAUCUGGACGACUAUGGUUUCCUCUACUACUACGAUCGCUCUUACGACAAGCAACCUGGUGCGCCGACUUCCAUCCGCAAGCUGACUGUCCUCGACCGCGCCGCAUACAAUGUCACAACUUCGUCCGAUCCUGUCAUUCAAGAACUGGCCGAGAAGGACGAAGCCACCAUCUUCGCCACGGACAACAUCCUCUCCAUGAUCAUGUGUGCGCCUCGCUCCGUCUACAGUUGGGAUAUCAUCAUGACCAAGCAAGGCAAUAAGAUCUUCAUCGACAAGCGGGACGGUAGCAGUCUCGACAUGGUGACCGUGAACGAGAACGCCGCCGAUGCGCCUCUCGAAAUGAGCGAGGGCAACAAGGAUCAGAUCAACGCUCCAGGCGCAUUGAAGGAGGAGGCUACACACAUCAAUAACGUCUUCCCCACACAAGUCGUGACCGAGUCCGACUCCAGCAAGCACGAGAUGCCCAACGAGCACCCCUUCUACAACUCCGCCGAGGAGACCGAUCCUCCCGCCUCGAAAUCCUACAAAUACCGCCGCUUCGAUCUCUCUCUUGAGGCCGAUGCCGAGCCUCUGCACUUGAUUGUGCGAACAGAGCUGGACGCUGUGGUCAAGAACAACAUUUCCGGCGAGGACCAGUACCUCACCAUCAAGGCCCUCAACGAGUUUGACAACAAGGCACAGGGCAGCGGUGGUGCGCUCGACUGGAGGACAAAGUUGGCCAGCCAGCGUGGUGCCGUGGUUGCGACGGAGAUGAAGAACAACUCUUGCAAGCUCGCGCGAUGGACUGUGCAGAGCAUUCUCGCGAAGGCUGAUCUGAUGAAGCUUGGAUUCGUCUCCCGCGCCAACCCCAAAUCCACAACCGAGCACGUCAUUCUUGGAGUGUUGGGCUACAAGCCUCGCGAAUUCGCUGCGCAGAUGAACUUGAACCUCAACAACGGCUGGGCCAUCGUGCGAACAUUCGUCGACAUGGUGAUGAAGGAGCCGAAUGACGGCAAGUAUGUGCUCGUCAAGGAUCCAAACAAGCCUACGAUUCGGUUGUACCAGGUACCGAGGGAUACGUUCGAGGAGGACGAGGGCGAGAUGGAGGGCAUGAGUCGGACACUUGCCUGA